UUCCGCCCUAAACUGAUCGAAAGAAGAAGACGGUGGACGGAGUUGAACUUUUUCAUACUUUUUUACAACAACCUAAAGCCAGAUCCUACAGUCAAAGACUGUCUCUCGGCGAUAUAGGAAAAGUUACUUGUUGUCGUUCGGCUACUUGACAACACGUAAAGAUCGUACGGGGAGGACGGAAUGAUCUGGAACAGUGAGAGGUUGUGGCGGCCUCAUCAGUAGCCGUCACCACGGCGGGGGACCUUCGGACCACCGUCUGCAGGGUGGUCAUCUACCUCCGAAGGGACAUGUCCGGGGACAGCUGCCUAACCCAGCAUCACGCCACCACAGACUCCACCCCUCUAGCUCCUCCUCUGGCUUGUCCCAAGACCAAGACCUGCAGCUACCGGGGGGCAGUGGGACUGGCCAACAAGUAUGUCCGGCUCAACGUCGGCGGGACGCUGUUUUACAGCACGCUGCAGGUGCUGACCAGACAGGACUCCUUGCUGAAAGCCAUGUUCAGCGGAAAGAAGGAAGUGUUCACUGAUAAAGAAGGUUGGAUCUUAAUUGACCGCAGUGGGAAACACUUUGGCAGCAUCCUCUGCUACCUGCGCGAUGGCACGGUCACCGUACCCAAAGGCCGUCAGGCUGUGCAGGAGCUGCUGGCUGAAGCAAAGUAUUACCUCAUCCCGGGCCUAGUGGAGCUUUGUCAAAACACGCUGCAGGGCAAUAAAGAGCAACCACUGUGUGUUAUACCUGUGGUCACGUCCUGUAAAGAAGAGGAGAGGCUCAUCCAGUCCUCCAGCAAGCCUGUAGUGAAGCUGGUGUACAACAGAAGCAACAACAAGUACUCCUACACCAGCAACUCGGACGACAACCUGUUGAAGAACAUAGAGCUGUUCGACAGGCUCUCCCUCAGCUUCAACGGCCGCGUCCUCUUCAUCAAAGACGUGAUUGGAGACGAGAUCUGCUGCUGGUCCUUUUACGGACAGGGUCGCAGGCUGGCUGAGGUGUGCUGCACGUCCAUCGUCUACGCCACGGAGAAGAAGCAGACCAAGGUGGAGUUUCCCGAGGCGCGCAUCUACGAGGAGACCCUGAACACCCUGCUUUACGAGACAAUGCCACUGCCCGACAACUACCUGCUGGAGGCAACGCGCCGGAGCUACAGCAACUGUGGCUCUCACAGCGAGGAGGAGGACGGUCCCGGGGGAGCCGAGCUGCGCGAGAGAGUCCGGCGAAUCCACGUCAAGAGGUACAGCACGUACGACGACCGGCCACUGGGCCACUGAGACUGAAUCCGCACCACGACAGCAACAAAAAAAAAAAAAAAGACGCCGGACAAAUUUCAGCAUUUUCUUUAAUGUGAAAUAUUUACACAUGAAAUCUGAUGAUGCUCAUAUGUUUUUUUUUUCUUUUGAAUCUUGUAUCACAGUCCUAAAGAGAUCUGAUUUUUUUCCCUCAAUGUACACGCACACAUGUGACUUAUUAUUCUAGACCGUUGCUGCUCUGUCCAUCAUAAUUUAUGCUUUAUUACCAGACGACCGACAGCAACUACUCUAAGUAGUGGGAGGGGGGGGGGUCACUAAUGUGCACUAUUUCUUAGAAGAAAUAUUGUAACGAUCAUAGCACUUAGACUCUGCAUCAGCAGAGAGCAUGUCUUGUAUUUUGAGAUUGUGUAAUUCAUAGAUGCAUUUACAGCCUGUUGUUUGCCAAAGGAGGUUUUACCAGAAUUAGUGUGACUUUCAUAUGUUUUGAUGCAGUUCACCACAAUGCCUCCUGUGUAGAUAAAGGUUUGUUAUUCUA